UGAUGCGACAAGGAAACCUAAAAAAUUCGCGCAAUUCGUGCGCGUCUAGGCUCAAGCUCAGCUACCAGUUACCAAGCGUGAUCCCCAGGAGGGGGCGCGCAAGGCGAGGCUCGUGUAAUUCUAAUUUAGAAGUCCCGGCACUUUGACGCGAAAAUAUUACCAGAGGCAAACUAAGAUGGAAGUCACAAUAUGUCGGGCCAACACAAGCGUGGCGUCCUAGAAGAAAGAGCAGACUUGGUCCGCAUCUUCUACUUCUGAAGAGAAUUGCAGGAAAUCGGCAGGAGAUCGAUAGACUCGGAGAAAGAUGGCGUCGUCUAGCAGUGGCGGCGUUGCGCCGGAUCCAACGGGACCUAGUGUAUUGGGUUGGACGCUCGAACAAUGCUGGAGGCGUGCGUUCGAGCUGCUCAGAUGGGUCACGCCAGAAACUGCCACAGUAUCAGCGGACGUAGAAGCUACUUGGGGAGGAGACUCUUAAGGGAUAUGAUCGUGUCCCAAUUAUUUUUGGAAUACUUUUCAGUUUCAAGCCGAAAGUGGCAAAAAAUGUGGUUGUCGUUGCGAUUCCUUUAUCUGAUGUUAGAUGGAAUGUAUGAGACAUUUUUUCUAGAAGUCGGAAAUAGGCACGCAUGCAAAGACUUCAUUCAAGUACUUACUUAAUUUUUUGAGAGCCUUCCUUCGGGUUUUAAAGGGCUGAUUCUAAUUUUCAAUAGAAGGGUCACUAGCGAACAUGGAGGAGUACAGCGUACCUGCAUGCACAAGCGGUAUCACGCAAUCGGGCACGUCGUUACUGGUGGAGACCGGGAGCAGCUACUACGUAUUCUUCAGAUGAAUACAUGGGCCUCCUUCGCUACUGAGAUUGAACUAUUUGCCUCCUUGGGAAGAUAAGGAUAACUUGUACAAGACCCUUGCAUAAAUGAGCUAGCGAUUAUUUAACCACAGCCUUUUUCGAGAUAAGUGGUUGAGUUCACUCCUCACAAGGAUACCGAUAUUGUCAGGCAAGAAAUCGUCUGCAUUAGGUAUCGCAUACUUCUUUCGGUCCAGACAAUUUUGACAAAGAAGUUGGAGGUGGAUGCGCGUACCCGGAGAUAGUGCAGAUGCAGGUCUCAACGACGCUUGGCCGGAUAGAAAAUGCGAAGAACAGCAGUCUUUACUUACGGUUGUUUCUCGUACGCUGAUACUAAAGACAGAAGUAACGACUCAGCACUCAUCAACAUUGUCCGGAUUGGCAUGUUGAGUUUUGAACUUUUUCUGAACGAUGGCAAAGCCAAAAUCAAAGAAUGUGUUGAAGAGGGGCAUGACAGGUUUGUUCUACUCAACAGCGGAAUUUAAUAGGCUUUGGCGCAUUUUCUAAGCCACGUCCACAAACUGUCGACGCCAAGCAGAUUGGACCCUCAAGAUCAUCCAUUAGAUAAAACAGCGUACGGACCUUUUCGCAUGCCGAUAUCAGAACUAAAAGAUCUUUUGACGCAGACAAAACCCGGACUGGGAGAGCUGCAUAGCUUUGUACUACCUGUUUGAUAUAGUUACUGUAUAGUUGUAGACGCUUAAAGCACAAAAGGAAAAAUAGCCGUUAAAUUUUUCACUCAUUUUUAUCCUAAGUUAGUCCCGCCAAUCACAGUUGUAGCACUGCCAGCACGUCGUCGGAUUAUAUUGAACUGAUUCAGCAAAGCUCUGUACGACUGGUAGGGUGCUGUUACGAAGCAGAACUUUUCGAACUAGUCAUCUGCUUACCUGAAUGAACCCGCUUGGUUGGCACUUUUCGCGCUUGCUUUAUUCAGCAUACAUCACUUUGAAUUUUCAAUACGGAAGACCAUCGAUCUUCACAGAUAAAAAUCACGGGAGAGGAAGCGCAUGACUUCGAAGGGACGAUUUACAUAAGAGAAUACGACCUUUUUGGCAACGCAAAAGCAAAUCCCACGCCUUUCGAGGAAAAAUGGAGUCUCGCAGCGGGUACCUCAUACAUCAUACAUCACGACUGUACGGAACAUCCGCUUUUUCCUGGCUAGGAGAAGCACAAGGUGGCUAGGAGAAGCACAAGGACGGUUUGAAGAAUAGAUAGAAGGUAAUUUCAUCUCAAGAACAUACGUAUCGAACAUCGACUUGCUUCCUGAUUCUAGCUGCUCGUCUCAACAAGAUCCUUGUUCCCACACCAGGUUCUUGUUUUUUCGUGAAAAGCACAAAAGUGGCGGUACAAGACGGUAUUGAUCUAGAGGAGUACCCUACAAGGUAUGACUUCGGAAACACCGAGAACUUGCCGGACUGGAUGGCGAGAAAUAACCUGCUUGAUAGGAUAUGGGUGUCGGUGGAGUUGGGUAGCGUCCGGGGAGAAUGCCUAAAGCUCUACGAGUUUUUGUUGAAUUUCCACUCCCGCUCAAUAUUCUGUCUGCAUUGGCAAUCCUUCGACUCCUUGUGGCCAAUGUAUUUCUCUUUCUUCCCAUUUUUAUGAUACAGAAGACUUUUUAUGGACUCUUAGUUAUACGAGAGUAGUUUUGAGUUACUUUAUUUUCACUUCUACCCCGCGACUGCGUACACCACUACUACUGCUACUACUAUUGAUAGAUGUGAGAUCGAUCUUGAUGUAUCUUGAUCCGGUUUUAUUUGCAUCAAACUUGAAAAUGUCUUGACAACACCUUACUAUCUACAACUACAACAGCUUUGAGUGGGCUAUGUGGCAUAUGAAGUAUGACGCGCAGUAUUGUCGGCUCAGCGUCGAUUGUUUCCUCCAGGGAGGAACAAAUAUUCUCUAUCAGCGGAUGAUCAAGUUUCUUGACCUGCAUAAAGCAACGAGGCACAUGGAGGCACUGGACAUUGACCUUCUAUGGCAACCAGAUCAGAGAGUGAAAUGAACAUACUUCUUCCACUUUGACUAUUUUUCACUUGUCAUCGAUUGCUAAUGUUUUUUUGUUUUUUCCUGGUACAGGUUUGUUUCUCGUGAUUUUUUUGGUGAUCUUCUUUUAUCAAUAAAAAGUGGUCCAGGACCUGUUCGAGAAACCAUUCUUGAAAAUUAGCGAAUACAGUACUUCCUGUUUUAGAUGAGAGAGAAUCUUGACAUACAUAGAGUUUCUAACGUGUCUGUUCCGGAAGGUGGGUGUUUAUUUCGACUGCCCAGUCGAGCGCGAGGUCACUUACGAUCUGCCGGGUCCCCAGCAACCAAAGACGGACUUCGUGGAGAGAGUCACCACUAGCAAGAUGAAUUUCGCGAAGCUGGAACGUUUCAUUUUAUGAAAGGAAUAGCACUACUAUUGUUGAGUUUUUCUAGAUGUAGAAUCAACGACUCGAAACACAAACACUAAGGUGAUGCGGUCUACCCGUUAAACCCGGAAUACGCGAAUUUGUCGGCUGCUCUUUGGAAAGAUCCACUUUUCCCUGGCUGCUCUUCUCAAGUAGCUUGUUCCACCGCCAGGUCACUGCUUUGUUUUUCGUGCGUCUGAGCUAAAAACUGGCUCUAAUCAUCCGGGUGACUUUCAUCGCAGUUUUUGCGUACGAGCUCGCAAAAACGCACGCUAGAGAAAACUACAAAAGUUACGAGUUUUGGUAUCGAAGCUGGGUAGAGACCGCAGAGGAGCUAGGUACUGUUCUUCGCGACACGUUUUACGCAUUUGAAUCCCUUCUAAGUUGGAACAAGAAUAUGCAAAUGUUUACUCGUUCUGCCCACUGUCCGUGUCUAGCAUGAUCUAGUACAUAAGUACAUGAAGACUCUUACGGGGUUUCUUUACGAUCUUCCAUUUCCACUUCGCAGUUGCUCAACAUUUUUCGUUUUUUCUGUGAUUUCGCUCAAUGUGAAUAUAAAUAUGAUCUGCAACCUCCUUCCAUAACAGGCUUCUGGUUCCCCAUCAGUUUCUAUUAGAGGUGUGCUGCAAAUCUUGAUUGGCUUUCACCUUUUGGUGAAGGUUUAGGUCCAGCGGCGCUCAAAGCACUAAGCAAGACAGCCGGUUGGUUUUCACCUCGACAAUAUUAGGCUUAUCCCGUGAAUCAAUAUUUAUAAGUAAAUAUGACCUGCAACAACAUCAGAGUACGCAGACCUCGCAUACGCGUUGCGAGAAUGCAAGCCAUAUCGAGAAGAGGAUCUGUCCAUUAUCGACGCGUGGUUCCUAGGUGCGGUGGUUCCCGUCUUGCGGAAAGAACGAGAGAUGGCCCAACGCCAGGACGGUCAGCAGAGGCUAUAAUGGCUCCUCAUCCUUUGCUACUAUGCGGUAGUAGUUCUAGUUGGGUACUCCACCACAAUUACUAUGUAGCUAGUUCUAGUAUAAUCUCCUUGGUAAAUUUCCCUCGUCUUAUUUCUCUCAACUGACUUGGUACCACACUGCUGGAGACAAAAACGGGUCAAUAGCAGGAGAAGAAACUCUUACUCUCUCCGAGGUGCUACAGAAACCUGAUGAUAACUCAACUUGCGUUGAUGAUGCACGUGCUUGAAGAUUUACAAAACCGACUAUACUUACUAUAACUUCUUCCCACUACGAAUCCUUUGAAUACUCGUUCUUAUAGAUACAGAAAAACCUAGAGUUUGCAUUUAUGCAGAAUGACUUCCUUGUUUGUCCGAUGACGGGUGAUUGUCAUAGCAAUCCCAACCGGACACGCGAACUGUAGAGCAAGGAUCUUUUUUCAUACGCAUUCUGCUGUAAAUUAACGUUGGAUAGUGAAAUGGUUGACAUUUUAGCGAAGCGGCACUGCUAUGCAAUUGCUGGACGAGAGGGCUCUCACCCGGGCGAAAGUCUAUUUGUUCAAUUUGAGGCAUUAUCCCACCAGAAUACCCUAGCGACACAGUUACGUGCCUACGCACAACGAUCGUCCAUCGAAAUUUAUGCAUAUGAGGCGUGGAAACGCAACCAGCGACUACUUUGUCUCGCGUGAUAUAGUAUGCCA